UUUGGGCUGGCUCGUUCGUUCACAGAGGGAGGGAGAAAGAGAGAAAGAGGAGGACGAGCAUCGCUUAUCUACAGACACAAUCAUCAUCGCAUCACUGAGCCACCAGCAAGCAAAAGGAAUAAAUGUGCGAUCGCCACGUCGUGUCACCGUUACAUAACGUGCUAUGGUCGUUUGUAGAAAUGAAUGUAUAUUGAAGGUGUUACCGUGGGCCAGAGGUACGGCUAAAGCGCGUAGCAGUGGCGUUAGCUCGUGGAGGAGGACCUGUUCUUGCACACCACAGUCUGCGAUGAUUGGACACUGCCUGACUCGAUCAGCCAACUUGUGCAUUUAAUUGGACGACUGCCUGCUUAAGAGCUGAUUGUUGACACGGAUGCCAUGACUUAGAGACACGCCCGAAACCGAGAUGGAGAAAAAGAAACCGUGUCCCCGCCUCUUGGACUACCUGGUGGUAGUUGGAGCCAGGCAGCCCAGCAGUGACAGUGUUGCACAAACACCUCAGCUGCUGAGACGCUACCCCCUAGAGGACCACACCGACUUCCCUCUGCCACCUGACGUUGUCUUUUUCUGCCAGCCUGAGGGUUGCCUGAGCAUCCGCCAACGCCGGGUCAGCCUUCGUGAUGACACGUCUUUUGUCUUCUCCCUGACUGACAAAGACUCGGGCAUCACACGUUAUGGAAUCUGCCUUAACUUUUACCGCUCUUUCCAGAAGGGGCAUCACCGCCCACGGGCCGAAGGAAAAGGAGACAAACCCCCUCAGACAGACCCUGCAGUGGAAGCUACAGAAAAGUCUGACCCCUCCACAUUGACACUCCCUGGGGAAUCCACAGUGCCCCCUACAGGAGAUGGGACUUUACCACCAGGCGAGAUUGGCAACGACGGAAAGUCGCCUCGGUCCAAACGCAGUGGCCGAGUGGUACCACAGAACCGGAACAGCACAUUAACGUCCUUGUGUAUUGUGAGCCACUACCCUUUCUUCUCUACAUUCAGGGAGUGUCUCUACAUCCUCAAGCGUAUGGUGGACUGCUGUAGCCAGCGGCUUAACCAGAGACCUGGUGCCGGCAAGGCCACACAACGGGACACAAUGUGGCGUGUGUUUACCGGCGCCCUCUCUGUCGAGGAAAAAGAGAAGGGCAGUCUUGUUUUACAAGACCUGAGGGAGAUUGAGUCAUGGAUGUAUCGGCUGCUGCACUCCCCGGUGCCCGUUGCCGGUCAGCGACGCGUUGAUGUAGAAGUCCUCCCUCAUGACUUGCAGCCAGCGCUGACCUUUGCCCUUCCUGACCCCUCUCGAUUUAGCAUCGUAGACUUUCCUCUCCACCUGCCUCUGGAGCUGCUUGGGGUUGAUGCUUGUCUGCAAGUCCUGGCCUGCAUUCUCCUGGAGCACAAGGUGGUACUGCAGUCCCGGGAUUACAAUGCUCUGUCUAUGAGUGUCAUGGCAUUUGUGUCCAUGAUUUAUCCCCUUGAGUAUAUGUUUCCUGUCAUUCCACUGUUGCCCACCUGCAUGGCCUCUGCAGAACAGCUUUUGCUAGCGCCCACUCCGUAUGUUAUUGGCGUCCCUGCCAGUUUCUUUCUCUACAAGGCGGACUUUAAGAUGCCCGAUGAUGUUUGGUUGGUGGAUCUGGAUUGCAACAAGGUCAUCACUCCUACCAAUGCAGAAAUUCUCCCUCCUCUGCCCGAACCUGAGGCCUCCGAGCUGAAGAAACACUUGAAACAGUGUCUGGUAAGGUUGACUGUGAUCACCCAAAAGCAGAUCUUCGCCUCCGAUACCAAGGCUCUGGCUAGCAUGAGCCUGAACACUCAGCCCAUUCUGAAUCUGGAGAAGUUUCAAGAGGGGCAGGAGCUGUCCCUGAUGCCCCCUGGCCGUGACAAAGCUUCUCCCUCCUCCACUGAGUUUAACCCACUCAUCUACGGCAAUGACGUGGACUCUGUGGACGUUGCCACAAGAGUGGCAAUGGUGAGGUUCUUCAACUCUCCAAAUGUGCUACAAGGGUUCCAGAUGCACACCCGCACACUCCGUCUCUUCCCCCGUCCCGUGGUGGCGUUCCAGGCCACAUCUUUCCUGGCCUCACGGCCACGGAGAAAUGGAUUCACAGAGAAGCUCUCUCACACGCAGGCAGUGGAGUACUAUGGAGAAUGGGCUCUUAACCCCACUAACCUGGCAUUUCAAAGGAUUCAUAACAAUGUGUAUGACCCAUCUCUAAUCGGCGAUAAGCCUAAGUGGUAUGCUCACCAGUUACAGCCAGUAUUCUAUCGCGUGUAUGAUGGAAACUCGCAUCUGGCAGAGGCACUUAGUGGACCACUGCAGGAUGAGGCCAAUGAUUCAGAUCCUACAGAUGACAGUGGGAGUGACAGUGAUGGAUAUGAUGACUCCAGCUCUUCCUACUCGUCUCUUGGAGACUUUGUGAAUGAGAUGAUCAAAGGAGACAUUCAGGGGGACACACCAAAUGUUGACCCUCUGACUCAUGCUGCACUUGGGGAUGCAAAUGAGGUAGAGAUCCAUGACUUCCAAGAGUUCAAAGAAGAAAGUUUAGAACAAGACCCAGAUCCAGAGUGCCCCCCAGAGGCCUCAGAUGGCCAGCCGCUCCGGUCCAGCUCCAGCACCACAGCCAGUUCCAGCCCCAGUACAGUCAUUCAGGGAGUUAACCAUGUGAGUACAGAGCAGAAAGAACCCGUUGAGAUCGAGGCGCCAAGUAGCGUUGCUCUCCCGAACUCUGCUCCAAGAUUGGAUGUGCCAUCUUUUACAAGACCCGUACCCGAGCCGGUCCCUGUGGAUCCAGCCAGUAAGAAGCAAGAGUAUGAUAAUCCUUAUUUUGAGCCCCAGUAUGGCUUUCCUACAGAGGAUGAAGCUGAAACAGAAGAGCAGGAGGAAAGCUACACACCACGAUUCAACCAGAAUCUUAAUGGCAACAAACCAUCUCGGCCGUUGAGACCCAACAGUCUGAAGCUUCCAGGGGAAUCUGAUGGAGAAGGAGAUUCCAGAAAUAGCUCUCCAAACUCCACCAUUUCCAACAACAGCAACGAUGGUUUCGGGGGGCUCAUGAACUUUGCCAGUAACCUGUAUAAAAACCACGGCACCAGCUUUAGUCUCUCUAGUCUGGCUCUGCCCAAUAAAGCCAGAGAGAAGAAUACACCCUUCCCCAGCCUCAAAGAAUAUUUUAAUUUUGAUUUAACAGAGGACACAGAUCAAGUAUUUGGGCUAAAUUCUCUUAUGGAGAUUGUAACAGAGAUCGGCCCGGGGAGCGGAGAAGGUGCCCGAGCUCCCAGAGCGCUGGUAGAUCAGAAAUCCUCAGUUAUUAAACACAGUCCCACUGUCAAGAGAGAGUCUCCAUCUCCUCAGGGCAGAGCAAACAACACUAGUGAGAACCAGCAGUUUUUGAAAGAGGUGGUCCAGAGUGUGCUCGACGGGCAGGGUGUGGGCUGGCUGAACAUGAAGAAGGUACGACGCCUGCUGGAGAACGAACAGCUGCGUGUCUUUGUGCUCAGCAAACUCAACCGUGCGGUCCAAUCAGAGGAGGAUGCUCAGCAGGAAAUUAUAAGAGAUGUGGAGAUCAACAGAAAGGUCUAUAAAGGCAUGUUGGACAUAUUAAAGUGCACGGUGUCUAGUUUGGAGCACUCCUACACUAAUGCUGGGCUGGGAGGCAUGGCCAGUGUGUUCAGUCUGCUUGAGAUAGCACGGACCCACUACCAAACCAAAGAUCCAGAGAAGCGGAAACGGAGCCCCACGGAGGGUGUAAGCAGCCCAGGCAGUAAGGAGAGCCCAUCGGGCCGAAUGGAGAGCGCCAGGGCAGCAGGCGUGCUACUGGUUCCCCGUAUCCAGUUGCCGCCCCCUUCCUCUGUAAAAACAUCACGGCACUUUGAUACGCGGAGUCUGAAUGAGGAGAAUUUUAUUGCGUCUAUUGAAUUGUGGAGCAAGCACCAGGAUAACAGAAAGCAAAAAGCUUUGGAAAAAGAACAGAGGGCGGAUGGCACAAAGCAGCGAGUGGAAGGUGCUGAUACAGAAGAGAAGAAAUCUCAGAUCAGUGCUGACAGUGGACUCAGUGUGACCUCUGGCUCACAGAAGAGUGACACAGAGUCCCUGGCGAGCUCCGAGCCUCCGGCUCUAAAAAGAAGCACCAGCCAGGACUCAGAGGCCAGCACAGUGGUGAGUAACAGCUCAGGUGAGACGCUGGGUGCGGACAGUGACCUCAGCAGCACUGCUGGAGAUGGCCUGACGGGCAGACACACUGCCCAUCUCAACCUGUCCCGUGGCACACUGUCUGACAGUGAGAUUGAAACCAACCCUGCGACCAGCUCGGUGUUUGGCAAGACCCAUAAGCUGAAGCCGGGAGUAAAGGAGCCUGUGGUUGUUAAUAAGGGAACACCAGUUCCACCUCAUGAGGACUUAAGUAUGAGGAUCUAUCUAUGUGAGGGGCUGCUGGGGCGAGAUAAGAGCUCGGUUUGGGACCAGUUGGAGGAUGCUGCCAUGGAAACGUUUUCUCUGAGUAAGGAACGCUCUACACUCUGGGACCAGGUGCAGUUUUGGGAAGAUGCCUUCCUGGAUGCAGUCAUGUUGGAAAGGGAAGGCAUGGGGAUGGAUCAGGGUCCACAUGAAAUGAUGGACAGAUAUCUAUCUCUUGGCGAUCAUGACCGCAAGAGACUGGAAGAUGAUGAGGACAGAUUAUUGGCCACUCUUCUGCACAACAUGAUCGCCUACAUGCUUAUGAUGAAGGUCAGUAAGAAUGACAUAAGGAAAAAAGUUCGGCGUCUAAUGGGGAAAUCUCACAUCGGCCUCACACACAGCCAGGAGAUCAAUGAAGUCCUAGAUCGCGUUGGAAACUUGAGUUGUCGGGAACUUCCCAUAAGGCCGAGCGGCAGCCGGCACAUUAAGAAGCAGACUUUUGUUGUGCAUGCUGGGACAGAUACCACCGGCGACAUAUUUUUCAUGGAGGUGUGCGAUGACUGCAUUGUCUUGCGGAGUAACAUUGGUACAGUCUAUGAGCGCUGGUGGUAUGAGAAGCUCAUAAAUAUGACCUACUGCCCUAAGACCAAAGUAUUGUGUCUGUGGAGGAGGAAUGGCCAAGAGACACAGCUCAAUAAGUUCUACACCAAGAAGUGUCGGGAACUCUACUAUUGUGUCAAAGACAGCAUGGAGCGUGCUGCUGCACGACAACAAAGCAUUAAACCAGGUCCAGAACUGGGAGGAGAGUUUCCGGUUCAGGAUAUGAAGUCAGGAGAGGGUGGUCUCCUUCAGGUCACAUUGGAAGGCAUCAACCUCAAAUUUAUGCACAGCCAGGUUUUCAUAGAGCUGAGUCACAUUAAAAAGUGCAAUACAGUGAAAGGAGUCUUUGUCCUGGAGGAGUUUGUUCCUGAAACUAAAGAAGUGGUGAUCCACAAAUACAAGACUCCUAUGGCACAUCAGAUCUGUUACUCGGUGCUCUGUCUCUUCUCCUACGUGGCGGCAGUCAAGGGGAAAGAGGCGGAGGGCAAACCCAAGAUGCUGUCCCCUCGUCCACUACCAAGCUAGUAAAGCGCACAUCUCUACUACGUUCACUUCAACCUGCUCCUGAAAUACCUGCAAUAUGUUCUCUACAACCUAACUCGACGACUAUCCUGCCAAGCUUUUAAAGACCCAAUACUGAUUUUCAGAUGUAUUUACAUAUUCUCCACAUAAAGCAACAGCCUGUAUGCAUAAACGAUUUAAUCACAUACUCCAAGCAUAUGGACGACAACCAGGACAAGAUUGAUGUUGACGUAUCUACACGCUUUUUAUUAUUUAUUUCGACCAGAGGCAUUUGCAUGCAGGUCCCUUGCCCAUCUCUCGCGAGUUGGCACUGGCAUGCAAAAUAUCAGUUGAAUGUGUUGAGCGCUCUCGCCCCUGCUCCCCUUGUCCGACCUCCUCUGAAAUAAGUCCACAGACUGUGUAAUUACUAUUUAUGUGCUAAGUUGUACUGUAAACUCCGGUCUGUUAUGUCUGUGGUGGGUAAAAUGUUAAAAAGUCUUUGCAAUCCAACGCUGCCACGUAUGAGGGGUUUCGCCAUAACCGCCCGCGACGAAGCAGCUGUUUUAUUCGUAAAUGUUCCAUUUGCCCUUCUUCACCUGCUGUAAGUGCUCUAAAGUCUGUAUAUCUCUUUAGCUAUGCCACGUAAGGCUCAAACUACUGUACUAGCUGUAAAGAACCCUGUCUGUGAACUGCUGUGUUAAGAUGCAUGUCACUUUAAGAAAUAAGAUUUAAAAAAAUAAGAUUAACUACUGUACAUUUCACUAAAGCAAUGUUGAAACAAUGUCAAAAAUGUCAAGACACUGUAGUUUGUUUUCUGGAUGUGCAAUACUAUCACUAGUGGGUACAAAGAACAAGUCCAGGCAUUCCUUCAGAUAUUCACUGUCCUCCGGAGCUCAUGGUGUGGAUAUCAGAGAGUGGAUCAGGAAUCAGUUUUAUGUUUUCUGGUUGUUGUUUUUGACGCAACAAACCAAACUGGCAUUAUUGAUUUCGAAAACAGCAGCAUUAGGAGAUCUGUUAUGACAGAAAAGUUUACCGAAGUUGCUGCUGAAACACUGAUGAAGCAAGAUGUUGUCUGCUCCAAAAUGUCCUAUUUAAAGUGUCUCUUCUUGCUUGUGUGUGUGUGAGAGAUUGUGUGUUUGUCUUAGAAACAAAGAGGGCCAGAGAGUGUCUGUUCAUGUGCUCAGACCAUCUCUUCAGGACUACUAGCUGGAGGAAUACAUAUUAUUUUAAUGCGUUUUAUGUUUUGCUCUCAUUUUUAAUAGAUUUACAUGUACAGUAUGAAUGUGCACACAACAAAGCGUGGUGUUUUGCUUCUCCAUAAAGUAUGCAGACUGCAGAUGGACAUGACAAGGUCACUUGCUAUUGAUAUUGCUUAGAAAUGUAUAUAGCACAAACCUGAUUUCCCCAGGGUCCAGGUCUCCGAAAACAGAUGUUGUGAGUUGGACGGUGGAUCGGGUCUGUAGUUUAAAGUGUGUGAGAGAGAUACAGAUGCACAUAUGUUUGUUUGGGUUUUCAUUUUUGUCCGUGUAUUAUUUAGAACAAGAGAGAAAGGAAAAAUCAAGAUAUUGGAUGUAAAUAUUAAAAAAUAUUUAUAGAACCUGUACAGCUUUGGCAAUAUGAAAAUAAAAGAUGUCCAACCCAAA